AUGAGGGCUAACUUGGAUGAAACGGCGCACUAUAAGCAGAGGCAGCAGGAGGCGGAAAGUCUACGACGAGUAGCAUUCUGUGGUGUAGCUCUGUCAACAAUAGCCUCAUUACUUUGUGCGCUUUCGGUACCAAUGUUCUACAAUUACUUGCAACAUGUACAGUCGGUGAUGCAAAAUGAAGUUGAUUUUUGCAAAUCGCGCUCCAGCAAUAUAUGGCGAGAAGUGACCCGGACACAGGUGCUGUCGCAAGUAAACGGAGGUGUUCGAAUUCGUAGGCAGGCCGGUUACGAUGGUUAUUCUAGCGUGGAGGAAGCUCACGGUGGUGCAGGUGUCAGCGGUGGCAUCACUUCCAGCUUCGGUGGUGGGGGCGGUGGAGCGGCACCUUCGCCGGUACCGGCUGGUGGUUGCUGCGGAUGCGGUGUAUCACCGCCUGGACCACCUGGACCACCCGGUCCCGAUGGACAAGACGGCCACGAUGGCGAGCAAGGACCGCCUGGAAGGGAUGGACCGGAUGCACCACAAGAACCACCAAUACAACCUCACAUUGACUGGUGCUUUGACUGCCCGGAUGCGCCAGCUGGGCCACCAGGAAAUCCAGGACCGAAAGGACCGCCCGGAAAUAUUGGACCUCCGGGCAAGGAUGCAGACGGUGGAAACAGGGGUCCGCCAGGACCGCCUGGAAAUCCCGGACCGAAUGGUGCACCUGGUGCACCAGGGCUGAAAGGGCAGCCGGGUCGGCCUGGAAUUGUUGUCGAAAAGCCAGGACCGGAUGGGCCACCUGGGCCGGUGGGACCACCUGGCAAGCCUGGACCCGCAGGAGAACCCGGAGUGAAUGGAAAACCUGGGCAAGAUGGUCCACAGGGGCCGCCUGGCGAAAUGGGACAAAACGGAGCACCCGGAAAACCAGGCGCGGAUGGACCAGUUGGACCUCAGGGCGAACGUGGUGCUUCUGGCGAGUGCAGCCAUUGUCCACCACCACGAACGGCACCUGGAUAUUAG